UGCACACUGUUCUCUCUCUCUCUCUCUCUCUCUCUCUCUCUCUCGAUUUACGGAGCUUGAUUUCCUUCCAUAUAAACUCCCAAGCUGAAUAACUUUUCCUUCCAAGAAAUGUAUAGCAACCAGUCACUACCCAUUUCGGCAAAUACCAAGCACUUGGGUGGUGGCAGAGAGAUUUGAACCACAGAAGAAGCAGAGAGGAGAGAGAGGGAAGGGAGGGCAAAGAUGAAGCUUUUCUGGGUUAGCAUUGUGAUUUCACUUGCUUUCAGCAAAUGGGCUGCUGGGUUUAUGGAGUACGGCUUCAAUGAAACAGAGAUGGCUUUGUUGGAGGGCUAUGGAGAAUCAAAGGUUGGAGCUGACUUGCUGAUGGUUGGACUGACCAUCAUUGGAGGAGCUGGGGCCAAAGGAGCAGUCUGCUUGGAUGGAACCUUACCGGGGUAUCAUUUGCAUCGCGGAUACGGGUCAGGAGCAAAUAGUUGGCUCAUUCAAUUGGAGGGGGGAGGAUGGUGUAACAACAUUAGAACUUGUGUUUAUCGAAAAACAACAAGGCGGGGAUCAUCAAAAUACAUGGAAAAACAGUUAGUAUUCAGUGGAAUACUAAGCAAUAAAGCUGAAGAAAAUCCUGAUUUUUUCAACUGGAACAGAGUCAAGGUUCGUUAUUGCGAUGGUGCUUCUUUUUCUGGGGAUAGUGAAGAUAAGGCCAAAGAACUGCAAUUUAGAGGAGAGCGUAUAUGGUUGGCUGCAAUGGAAGACUUGAAAUCAAAGGGCAUGAGCUACGCCAAGCAGGCUCUUCUUUCGGGUUGCUCUGCCGGUGGUGUGGCAGCUAUUUUGCACUGUGAUAAGUUCCGGGGUUUAAUGCCUGGAACUACGAAAGUGAAGUGCCUGAGUGAUGCUGGAUUGUUUCUUGAUGCGAAUGACGUUUCUGGUGGACGCACACUCAGGAAUUUAUAUAGUGGCAUUGUCGGCUUGCAGGGGGUGAAACCAAAUCUGCCACAAUAUUGCACUAAUCACCUUGACCCAACUUCGUGCUUCUUCCCUCAGAACUUGAUCUCCAGCAUCAAAACCCCACUGUUUAUACUCAAUGCAGCAUAUGAUUCGUGGCAGAUCCAGACCAGUUUAGCUCCACCGGCAGCAGAUCCUGCCGGCUACUGGCGCGAUUGCAGAUUAAACCAUGAAAAAUGUACUCCAUCACAGAUCAAUUUUCUUCAAGGAUUCAGGAAUCAAAUGCUGAAUGCAGUAAAACAGUUCUCUAUGUCUGAACAAAACGGAUUGUUUAUAAAUUCGUGUUUUGCGCACUGCCAAUCCGAGAGGCAGGAUACAUGGUUUGCUGAUGAUUCUCCAGUUAUUGGAAAGAAGGCAAUCGCUAUAGCAGUUGGAGAUUGGUAUUUCGACCGAACAAGCGUGAAGAUCAUAGAUUGUCCGUACCCAUGUGACAAUUCUUGCCACAAUCUGAAUUUCGAAAAAGCUUAGUUUUGCCUUUCGAUAAACGAAAUAGCUUUAUAGUUCGACAGUUCGAUUGAAAAUUGGUAUAGAAGACCAUAAAGCAGAAAUCUGCUGAGAAGUGCAAUUGCCAUCAGCAAGCAUUCGCAAUUGAUGUAAUGUUUUUCGUGUAAGUUCUUCGUAUCUUUGAUUGUGUCUCGAAUAAACUCGGUUCAUUAGCAAAUUCGUAGUUGAAGAAGGUAGGGAGAGGUCACUUCUGUAAGGAGUUUGUGAUAGAUUUUGUGUAAAUUUUGAUUCUGGAUUUUAUGUAAGGGGUUAGCAAUUCUUUAUUGCAGCCAUUCUGUUAU